UGCUUAACGGAAGGCGACCGAAGCCGGAGGUAGAUGGGAGGGAACCAUCCCGCGCUGCUUCCUCUCUGUGCUAUCUUUCCUCUCGUCUCCCGUUUUGUGUGUUGGGGGGAUGGGGCCGUGCCGAGGAUGAGACGCUCCAAAUAUUUACCACUUCUGGCUAACUAAAUAUCUCUAUUUCCAAUCUGGGCUUCCUCCUUCGCUCCUUGUAGAUAUAAAUACUUUUCGACCACGCAUGAGUUUGGGUGGAAUCUGGCCAAAAUAAAGUGGAGUAUCUGUGUACGUCCACGACUCACGCUCAGAAGUCGACAAAAUGUAUUCCUCUGCUGGAGCUUCUGAGAUGAUCGAGGGACCCCGUUCCUCUGGGUCUGCAAGCUCUGAGCCCCCAUCUUCACCAGUGCCAGAAUAUGUGUUCAAGCCACCAUCACGGCCGGACUUCGGCACCAUGGGCAGGACAAUCAAGCUCCAGGCCAACUUCUUCGAGAUGGAAAUCCCCAAGCUGGAGGUCUACCAUUAUGACAUCGACAUAAAGCCUGAGAAAUGCCCCCGGAGGGUCAAUCGUGAAAUUGUGGAGCACAUGGUCCAGCACUUUAAAACACAAAUCUUUGGUGAUCGAAAGCCGGUAUAUGACGGGAGGAAGAAUCUCUACACUGCCAUGCCCUUGCCCAUCGGCAGAGACAAAGUGGAGCUUGAAGUAACCAUUCCCGGUGAAGGCAAAGACCGCAGCUUCAAAGUAUCCAUCAAGUGGGUGUCGUGCGUUAGCCUGCAAGCUCUGCACGAGGCAUUAUCAGGACGGCUACCCAGUGUCCCCUUUGAGACGGUCCAAGCCUUGGAUGUGGUCAUGAGACAUUUGCCCUCUAUGAGGUAUACCCCAGUGGGCCGCUCUUUCUUCACGCCCUCAGAGGGCUGCUCGAACCCCCUCGGUGGUGGCAGAGAAGUGUGGUUUGGUUUCCACCAGUCUGUCAGGCCUUCCCUCUGGAAAAUGAUGCUCAACAUCGAUGUUUCUGCCACUGCGUUCUACAAAGCCCAGCCUGUAAUUGAGUUCAUGUGCGAGGUCUUGGAUUUCAAAAGCAUUGAAGAACAACAGAAGCCCUUAACAGACUCUCAACGAGUGAAAUUUACAAAGGAAAUCAAAGGCUUGAAGGUGGAAAUCACCCACUGUGGGCAGAUGAAGAGAAAGUACAGAGUGUGCAACGUGACCAGAAGACCAGCCAGCCACCAAACGUUCCCCCUGCAGCAGGAGAAUGGCCAAACUAUUGAAUGCACAGUAGCACAGUACUUCAAAGACAAGUACAAGCUCAUCCUGAGAUACCCCCACCUCCCAUGUCUACAGGUGGGACAGGAGCAGAAGCACACCUACCUACCUCUAGAGGUGUGUAACAUAGUGGCAGGACAGCGCUGCAUCAAAAAGCUGACGGACAAUCAGACCUCCACUAUGAUCCGUGCCACCGCUCGAUCAGCACCAGACCGUCAGGACGAGAUUAGUAAAUUGAUGAGAAGUGCCAACUUUAACACUGACCCUUAUGUUCGCGAAUUCGGAGUGAUGGUGAGGGAUGAGAUGACGGAAGUGAACGGCCGCGUUCUCCAAGCACCGUCCAUUCUGUACGGAGGCAGGAACAAAGCAAUAGCCACACCAAUCCAGGGAGUAUGGGACAUGAGGAACAAGCAGUUCCACACUGGCAUUGAGAUCAAAGUGUGGGCCAUCGCUUGCUUUGCACCACAGAGGCAGUGCACUGAACUCCUGCUCAAAGCAUUCACAGAUCAGCUGAGGAAGAUCUCUAGGGAUGCAGGGAUGCCCAUCCAGGGUCAGCCUUGCUUCUGUAAGUACGCCCAGGGAGCAGACAGCGUGGAGCCCAUGUUCAGGCACCUCAAAUACACCUACCAGGGCCUCCAGCUGGUUGUCGUCAUCCUACCGGGGAAAACGCCCGUCUACGCUGAGGUGAAGCGUGUCGGGGACACUGUACUCGGCAUGGCCACGCAGUGUGUGCAGGUGAAAAACGUUCAGAAGACGACGCCUCAGACUCUCUCCAACCUCUGUCUGAAGAUCAACGUCAAACUGGGCGGCGUCAACAACAUCCUCCUCCCGCAGGGCAGGCCGUUGGUAUUCCAGCAGCCAGUGAUCUUCCUUGGUGCAGAUGUGACUCAUCCGCCUGCAGGAGAUGGAAAAAAGCCUUCCAUCGCUGCUGUCGUUGGUAGUAUGGAUGCCCAUCCCAGCAGAUACUGUGCCACAGUCCGGGUGCAGCAGCACCGCCAGGACAUCAUCCAGGACCUGGCCACCAUGGUGAGGGAGCUGCUUAUCCAGUUCUACAAGUCCACCCGCUUCAAGCCCACCAGAAUUAUCUACUAUCGCGAUGGCAUAUCUGAGGGCCAGUUCAACCAGGUGCUUCAGCAUGAGCUGCUGGCGAUCCGUGAGGCCUGCAUAAAACUAGAGAAGGAUUACCAGCCUGGCAUCACCUUUGUGGUCGUGCAGAAGAGACACCACACAAGAUUGUUCUGUAUGGACAGAAACGAGAGGGUUGGGAAAAGUGGCAACAUUCCCGCAGGCACCACAGUGGACACCAAAAUCACUCACCCAUCAGAAUUUGACUUCUACCUUUGCAGUCACGCUGGCAUUCAGGGUACCAGCAGGCCGUCUCAUUACCACGUGCUCUGGGACGACAACCACUUCUCUUCAGAUGAACUGCAGGUCCUCACCUACCAGCUAUGCCACACCUACGUGCGCUGCACCCGGUCAGUUUCCAUCCCAGCACCAGCUUACUACGCCCAUUUGGUGGCUUUCCGGGCUCGCUAUCACUUGGUGGACAAAGAGCACGACAGUGCCGAGGGCAGUCACACAUCAGGCCAGAGUAACGGGCGUGACCAACAGGCCUUGGCCAAGGCCGUCCAGAUCCACCAGGACACCCUGCGCACCAUGUACUUUGCCUGAGAGCGCACAACCCCAGGUUGGGGUGGGUGAGACCCCACUGAUGAAACACACUACCCCUCGCUGUCUCACUGUCAGCCGUAGUCAGCAUUCCAGUGGUUUCUCAUUGUGAUCUCCCUACCUAGCAGACCUGUCAGUCACGCAUAUGUCUACAAUUGUACUUCAGCCCCCUGACCUACCCAAACCAAGCCAGCUAUUAGACUGUAAGAUGCAAAUGAAUCCCUCUUUCUUGGGGUUUGAGCUGGAAGAGGUUUUAUUUACAUGUUGUGCAUUAGUGUGUGUUUGUAUUUGUCGUAGGGAAAUAUGUCGCAAAGUAUGAAAGGAAAAAGAAAAAGUUUGUACACUGAUGGAAGAAAUCUACCAUUUCUAAACUAGUGGGCAGUAUCAUUCUACAUUGGGGUGAUAUAUAAUUUCAAAGACGCUGUUCACCCUCCUUCUCCUGUUCCUAUUGUUUGUUAUAGUCUUGGUGCUUGAAGGGAGAAGGUUCAAAUUCAUCAAAAGAUGAGGGGGCCUGUUCACUGUUUAUAUGCCUAAAGAUUUGCUCCUCUGACAAACAUUAUUUAUCAGCCAAUCAAAGCAAAGUGCACUGACCAGAAUGGGUACUUCAAUCAGGACUUAAAGUACUUAAUAUAUUGAGGGUUGCGUGUGAUUUUUUUCACAUAGGGCACUAUGUGAUGAAAAGUGCCAUUUGAAACCACCUUUCUGUUGUCAUGUCUGUGUAAAACUAUGAAUUAUUAGGCCCACGUCUGCUGGGUUUUCAGUAUUUGUCCUUGAUUGACACUGAUGACCAUUUUAUGCCAAAUCUGGUGACAGCUUACUAAAGGAUUCUUUUCAUCAGAUUUGUUAUCACCCCUUGAACCAACACUUAGUUUAUUCUAGACGAGGGCUUUUAGUGUUCAGAUAGAACGAGAAAGAACGGCAAUUCUAUCCUUCUCUGCCUCUCUUGUUCAUCUGAACUGAUAGAGUUGCACCAGUAACCUAAUUCCCAUGCCGAAAUAGUCUAUUGGGACUGGUUCCCAACAAGGACACCUUUCUAAUGUACUCUGAGCCGUGUUGAUAAAGACACAUGAUGUAGAACUCAACAUAGAGGGGAACUUGACGAAAUCCCUCCCCCGCCCCCCCCUUCAGUUUUUAUAGUCUAAUUUAAUUUCAAUCAUUUUUGUAAUGAAUAUGCAUGUAGCUGACUCAUGUUUUAGACAUUUAGGCAUUUGUGAUACUUGUUUUUAUUUCUUCCUUUAUACACAUUAACCCUACUUCUUAUGUUUUUCUCAUGUAUAUAGCAGCAGGAUAGUGUUUUCUGCAGCGUCUUUGUCAGAGCGGGAUAUUUUUGUGUGGCGUUUUUGUUUUGUUUUUUUCUUUUUGUUUUUCUCGAUAUCCAGGCAUUCGGUACAGUGGAGUGAAAGCUGCAACAUUUUUAGAUUUAAAUUUUUCCCGACAAAGAAGAAAAAAAUCUAGUGUUUUUUUUUUUUUGGCUCCGUGAAUUUGGAGCAGUCGUCGCACAAAAGCUUGGGUUUUAUGCAAAUGACUUUUUGUGAGUCUUUAUACUAUAUAGUAACGUUGGUAAUAAGGUAUAUUUUGAAUAAGCUUUCAGUGGAGGCUGCUGAAAAUAUUAAUAGACUUUUUUUUUUUUUUUUUUUUUUUUAAUAACCGCCCCACAUGUAGUCUAAAUUAACACUGUCUAUUUGUAUACAGAUUUUAAGUGCAAAUAUUCUCUUGCCUUCUAAGACUGUUACGGUCUUACUAAUAAUUCUAGACAUUUCCUAACAUCCCACCUAAGUUUUACUACUAAGUUAAGCUGGCGAAUGUUCUCAUAGUCUUGAUUGGAGGCGAGUAGUCUACAUAUUCUAACUAUGCAUCAUUUUUAACCAAGAGAUUUAGCUGUAUCUCGUAUGAAUUUGGGUCAUUUCUAGAGGUAGAUAAUCAGGGCUUUAUUUUGUUGUUGUAUUUUUAUUUUUUAGCAUGUUGCAUUUAGUGGCGUUUCUUAGUGCUUAUCGGCGUCUUCAUGCCUUUCUAACGGGGAUGAAGUAUUUAUGUGGUCAUUUGUAAACAUUGUAGAUUUUUAUAGCCUAAAAAAAAAAAAUUGGGUGUAUCCUUUGUAACACACAAUCUUUCUUAGCCAAACAAGAUUACAAACUUUUACAUGAUUAAUAUUCAAACGACAUAGAAGCACAAAAAGACAUCUUGAUUCUAGGUGCUAGAAGUUUUCACUGUAAACCACCUUAAAUCCUCACUGGACUGGUCAACAAGGCUUUUUACUUGUAUGUUUUAAACAAAAAAAAGAAAAAGGAAAAAAAAAAAAAGAUGCUUCAUCAUCUUGAGGAUCUUUUUCUCUCCCUUCGACGACCUCUCUGUGUUACCCUUUUUACUCAUUUACCUGUAAAGCAACUAGAAAUCCGACUGACUGUGUUUGUGGGGCAUUCUGAAAAAUCAUGUACUUGAUAUUUACUGUUAUGAUGUCAAUAUUGUUCUUAUCGGUGCUGGUCUCACAUCAUGUAAAUUUGGAUGCACUUUUGAUAGCAGAACGUUUUUGGUAUGACUUCUAUAAAGAUGUGUGUUCCUCAAUCGAAGCAGGAGGCUCGGCCAUAUUUGCGUGACACUGGUGUAAUUGUAUGGAAAUGGCCGUGUGUUCUACCUCUUGUUACCUGUUUAAGUGUUAUGGUAACAUCACACUGCUGGCCAUUUCUGUAUAAUUACCCCUGCUAUCUAAUCUUAUCUAAUUGGCAUUGUUUGAGUCAUGCAUUGGCAGUAGAGGUUUUAAACGCUUGGUGUGCAUGAUGGUGAACACGCUUUGUAGUUGUGUGUGUGUGUUUUUGUUUUGUUUUUCAUAGUUUUACUCAAACUUAUAAGAGAGAAUGUGUUUUUCUUUUUUUUUCUUUUAGUAGUUUUGAGCGUUUGAGCUGUACGACCAAAUUCUUGAAGUGUGUUUUUGUAUUCACACACAGCUUUCCUUUCUUUCUUUCCUUUUUUAUUCUAUGCACCAGUAAAAUGACAGACUUUGUUUUUAACACCUUGAUUUUUACACUUGAGCAGUAGAACGACAAAUGCAAAGCCCACAUCAGGUGUGAACUCUGCAUAUCCCCGAUUUUUGGAGAAGUUAGACCGCUGGAGUCGCUUCAAAGUUCAAAACAAAUAUAAGUCGAGCACAUUUUGAACUCCAUGUGAAUCUCUGAACAUUACGAGAUCAUAAAAUCUUUAAUUCAAGUAUGAGGGUGACGGGAUCGGAGCGUAUGAAUCUUGUAUUUUAUGGGGACUGGUGUCAGGCGUCGUCGUUGCGUCUGUGCCCUGAAAUGUGGAUGUCCUUGGAAAAUGCCCGUCAUACACAAUGUGGGGGAUGUGAACAGAUGUCCUAAAUUAGUGUGCUAAAAAAAAAGUGUCUUUUCAGGAGGCGGCUUUGUACUUGUUGUUACUGCUUCUUCGUGUUUUACAUUACCGUUUUAUCAGCACCUUAAAACAGCAGAUCACAACGGCAUUGCUUUUCUUGGAGAUGAAACUGAAACAUUUGACAAUGUUGUUUUUGCACUAAACAAGAAUGGACUUUUGUAGCUGUUGCAGCAUUGAGAGUAUUUAUCAGGUGGCAGACUGGCAGCCUCUCUUCUUUUUAUUUAAUUUAGAAAGAAGCCGUCGGCGUUGGUAGCUUUUCAAAAUAAAAGAGGCGCAAGCCUCAGAGCCUCGUCGCAUGUGCGCGCAGCCAUUCAGAUAGCCACGCCUGCUGAUCACGAGGGAUUCUACCUAGCCGACCAGCUUUCAGCAUGUCGUCUUUCAGAAAUGUCCUCAUGCCUUUUUAAAUGUUAAUGAAAGGGUAAAACGUGUAGCCGCGUGGGUGGGUUGCCUUUGUACAGUGACGUGGGAGGAAGAUGCUUUAUGCAAAACAAACUGACAGAUGUUUAGAAAAAAAAAAAGAGCAGAGUAGCCGUGGAAAGUAAGAUUUCUGUACAGACUUGGAUGCCAAAGUGCUGCGUGCAGUGAAGAAAGGUUCGACUGGACGCCAGUGUGCAUAGAAUAAACAAUGCUUAAGUAAAAGUAAGGCCUCUAUAGAUUAUACAUAUCAAGGUCGAGAAGAGGCUGUUUUAAUCAUAAAGAGCUAAUUCAAGAAUGUGUAUGGAACAAACAAAUGAAUACACCAGCCUGGAUGAAUGUGGCACUACUUUACUCGUUUCAAUGGUGCCCAAGGUGCUUCGUUAGGUAUUCAAAAUGACGGGAUACUUGUUCGCGGAUUGGUCUUGGAGGAGACAAAGCAGGUUCUAGAAAUGUCUGGUUUGUAAACAGCAUAUCACAAACUAAUUUAAUUUGAUAAGUUCUUUGUUUCUUCUUAAUUCUCGAAAGAGUCAAAAGAGGCUGAGAUAAAACUCCUCCUAGUGUAACGAUCAGCCGGUUUACUUUUUUCUUUUCUUUUCGAAUGGUCUUGGGAUAAAAUAACGCCCGAUAGAUUUCAUCCCAUACAUCAUCUUAUUCCAAACCAUUUCCCUCUGUUGUAGUAAAGAUCUCCUCUUUGCCUCUCAUCCAUCUCUUGUAGAGAAACUAUUGCUGACAUAAAGAAACCUCUCGUAGAGUAGAACCUAUUUUCCUAGCUCCAAAUAAGAACGAUGAAUGUACUUAGAGCCUGUGUGGUUUGUAAUAUUGUAUAGGCUAUCCAUCCAGUACAGUAUAUUCAUGUGUGCUUCUUGUGUACAGCCUUUUCUUUUCCCCUUUUUGGUGUUUUCUCCUAUUUAUAGGCUUUAAUAAUUGCAGAAAGUAUGUUUUACUUUUUUUUUUUUUUUUUUAAUCUUUCAUUAUUUUAGAUGUUGCCCACGUCACCGCUGAUAUCAUUUCAUCUUUUUUCACUGAUUAACAGGAGAUACACAAGUCUACAGCUGAGAUGUCUUUCUCUGGAUGUUGGCUACUGUAGUUUUUUAGGAGACAAACGUUUCACACUGGUGCAAAGAGUAGUCAUCUUUUCUGUUCUGGGCUCAUGCUUGUGUGAGGUGCUGUAACAUAAGAGCUGUGUGUAUGAGUGUGUGUAUACAUAUAUAUACGAUGGUUGCUUUGGUGUGUGAUCUUUUUUGCCGUUAGAUGUUUGGCUUCUGCUUAAGCCCUCAGUCUGAUAUUCCUGUUCCCCGCGAGUUCAGUUCACUAACUCUUGAGCGCAGUGCCACUUGAAAGCAAAGAAGCUAUGGUUUUUGUUUGAGUGUUGCUUGUGUUCUUUACUUUUGGUGAUUGUAUUACUACGCAGCUGCCCCCCCCUGUUUUUUCAAAGUAAAGUUUAUUAUUUACAAGGCACUCAAGCAUCACUUUCUGGUUUUUAUUCCUCGAUAAACCCUUCCUGAAGCAUCACUUUGUCCUUGACAGUCGGUCUUUAUCAUGCCAAUAUCCACCCAAUUAUUCAUGUCACUAUGUGAGUUUUAGCUACAAGUCUGAAUUAUUUAGAUAAUGGGAGUUCUGGCAGACCCGAGGAAAGAACGUUAAUGUCCACUGGUCGCAGCUACAUCACAUUUAGGUCAUGUCUGAUCUUGGUUUCAGUGUCCUCUGGAAGCAUCUUCAAGUCGUCCCAUCGGUUGUUGUUGGGACAUCUUUAGCUGUACUACUGGUGCAGCUUUACAGAUGGCAAUGCUGGUCAAGUUUUGGUUUUCACUUAAAUAUCUCAGCAACUAUUGGAUUCAAUUUUGAUUCAGACGUUCACAGUCCUGAGAGAAUAGUUGCCGCCACCAGAUGGAUCGGCACAAAAUGUACAAACAUUCACAGUUCCCAGAUAAUAAAUCCAAAUAACUUUUCAUCUUGUGCCAGGCAGCCAUGACUGAGCUAGGACGUAAUGCAGCUGCUUCCAGUGGACAUUCAUAGUUUAGGCUUGGUUCUGUAGUAAAUCCGACCUUGACUGUGGAGAACUGUUACCAAGCUUCACCAAACCAAACCAAUGCCAUCCAGCUGAUCUACAUGACUCACUCGACUCGUGAGUAUUUUUUGUAUUUUUAAAAAGGAUUUCUAUUCUUCAGAAUGACUUGGCUUUUUAUUUAGCAACUCGGAACAAAGAAACUACCUCAGAGCAGUGUCAGGUGCUAGCUAAUUUUAGCCCUAAUUUAUAAUAAAUGGUAACAAAAUCAAAAAUUGUUGUGACCAAACCAAUACAAUGCUCAAUACUACAAUACUGCUCUUUCCUUUUUAACCUUAAGAAAUGGAAAACCAAGUAAUCAUGUUUGCCUGGUUGGUUGCUUUAGUUGGUUACAUUUUAGGGGACCAAAUUUUUGUAAUUGGGAGUUUCAUUGUUUCAUUCUUCAUUUUUCCAAAAAGACAGUGACAAAAAAACAAACCCAGCACAAUCCAGGACUCAAAUCAUGUGGUGUAAUCAUGACCGGAUCAUAUCGAUAAACGUGCCAUCUUACAGUCAUUUCUAUUCGCUAUGACAAUAUAUUAAUAUUCCAGUAAAAUAUUGGCGAGAUGGAGGAAUGUUUGUAGUGGCAGUGAAGGUUCGUUGCAAAGAUGUAUGUACAGCAAUAACGUCGGUGCGUGGGCUGUGGAUCGUUGGUAAUUUGUCUGUCUUUACGUCAGUCUGUCCUCUUCGUGCAGGUCAAGGCAACGCUCAAUUAACAUUUUAGACUUUUCGUCAGCAGGACGAUACCGUGUCUCCGUAUUCGGAACCAGCUUUUUCUGUUUUUUUGUUUUUACCAGAAUGUUGAAAUAUUAUGGUUUCAUACUGGAUAGAGCCACUCCACCUGAUCAAAUGCCUAUAUUUCUCUGCCGCGUUAACCCAGUACUGCAAUAAAAAUCAGGGUGGAUGUCCCCUAGCUCAUUUCCGCUUCUCCUACGAUUUAGCCAGACUCAAGUUUCUAAGGGUAUAGGUUGUAGUUUUGCAUGUGACAAUUUACAAAGGGAAUAUACACAUUUGAACAUGCUUUGCAAUGUUAUCCGAACAUUGUAAACUUCAACGAAAGGUACAUAUGAGGUUGUGUGGCAAUUAACUACAGUCCAUUGUAAAUGUAGUUGAAAACAUCCAGCGCGUUCGUAGUUGUUUUACGUGUGCCUUUUGUCGGAUCUUUUCCAUCAACCCCAACAUUCGGGUUUGUGAGUCCUUUCAACAUAAAAGGUUUUGACAAAAUCCACAAUCUGCUGCGCCACAAAAUAAUAAUAAUAAUAAUAAUAAAAAAAAACAAAAACACGAAUUUCCAUUUUGAAUUAUCAUGCAACCUUGAGUUUAGAUGCUGCAUAGAACGAUCAGUAUUUGUGUUUUGCACUUUCAAAGCAGUCUCAAAAAAAAAGCCCACUUUAGGUUGGGCGGAAAGUAAAAAGAAAUAACUGACGAGGUAUUUUAUGCUAUCAAUAGGAAUUAUAAGGAAUAAUAUGACUUUGAAGAGCUUUUCUAAAAAGGUUGAUAUAUCUAUAUAUAUUCAUGAAGUACCUCAUAAGCCUGAUAUAUGCUGCAUUGACUUUUUUUUUCUGUAGUGUACUUCAUAUUGUCCAAUAAAAUUUUAAUUUUCCCCCUUUUUUUUGGGAGGUUUGAAUGUCACUACAGGCUGUGCACAUGCCAUAACCAGUAAAUCUGAUCGAGUUCUGUUGUAACAAAGGAAGGAGUACGUGUUACACUCUGUGGCCAAAUGAUAGUGUCAUUUAUGCAAUUUACACGCAAAUCUUUCUCAGCUGUAGCCACGUCAUAUUUCUGUGCUCUGUCUUUUUUUUUUUUUCUGUCCGUGUAGCCAAAAAUAUCGGGUUUAGUUGACGAAGAGCUGACGUGCACCAAGCGUCCUGCGAGGCUCUGUGGUAUAACACGACUGUUGACUCAGGUAUUGUCGUGGAAAAAAAAAAAAAAAGGGCUGUAUCUGCUUAUCCUGUCCCAGACUGCCCCCCCCUCCACCUCCCCUCACCUGCACCUUUGUCUUAAAAUAGCCUUAGAUCUACAUGUGAGGUUCCUAUUUGGCCUUAAAAGUUGAACAAAUUAUGCACUACAAUUUCACAGACUUGACAGAGCUUGAUUCCCAUUCAGACACUUUUUUUUUCUUUUUCUUUUGAAGGGUUCAUGUCAUUGCCAUGUUAUCUACCUCCUAUGAAUGUAGGGGCUGUCCUGGAGUUGUAGUCGACUGCAAAACCUUGUUGAUCCUCUCGCUCGUUUUAAAGGAAAACAGACAAUCAUCUGUAGAUUCUUGAAAACUAUAAAAAAAAUAUAUAUUCCCUUAUUCAUUCAUACAUAGAACUGAUUCCAGGACACUCCAGGUUUUUCUUGAUGAUUUCUUUUAUCCUCAUUGGCCAUUUCCUUUUUUUUUUUUUUAUACAUUGUGUUUUGUUUUUUCAUUGUAAGCCAUGACGGAGAAGCAAAGUGACCAAAGUCUCUUGGCAUAGGCAGCCCUGCACAGCCGUGUGAAUUCAAAUCUCCCUUCAUUUGUGUCAUUUUGAGCUCAGUUUUUGAGUCGUUCUCUCUUUUUUUUUUUUUUCUUUUGUUUCUUUCUCUUCUCCCUUAUUUAAACCACGACAUGCCAAAACUGAAUUUGCUGUCAUUCCUGUUCUGGUGAGGGUCUUCUUUAUGUUGCUGAUUUAAUUUGUUCACAUCCACUGCUAAGCUCCUUGUUCUUGUUGUUGUAAAGUUGUAAGCUUUGAUUUCUAUUUUACAUUUCCUUAUUUUUGUUAACAAUUAUGCUUACAGAACACAAGAUAUGCUGUAAACCCUGUUAGGACAUAAUGUGAAUACGUAUCACUUAAUAUAGUUCACUCUUCGGCUUGACUGUAAGUUGCGUUAAUUAAUAAAAAUGUUUGAAAAGU